GCGAGCUCCGUGAGAUCAGUUCCCUCCCUCCACAACACGGAAGCAGCAUGGCGUCCAACAUCAGCGGAGACGAAUCCAGCAGGCAUCAAACAGCUCGGCACAGACUAAGCGUUAUCGCCGGGCAUCUACAGAGACCCUCAGACCGAAAUGCGGCCCUCCUAGCCGUGGACUGCAAAGCCCAGGGGAGCAAACCGAAUGUCAACUCCAGUGACGGGGGCGAGGGGAGAACGGUGCCCAGGAGAAGGCAGGAGAUUAUGAAAUGGAACGGCUGGGGAUACAGCGACUCCAGAUUCCUCUUCAACAAAAAAGGCCAAGCAGAAUUUACUGGGAAAAGGUAUAGACUGAGUGGGAUGAUCAUCCCUGGCCUGAAAGACUGGAUGGAAGGCACGUUUGGAGCCAAUUUGCAGCAUAAAACGCAAGCAACACCUGUUCUGAAUACCAGUGCUGUGCAGCCUCCUACACUAAAUGAGGCCUUUGUGGAGGAACUGAAGUCCACAGGUAUUCCCUUCUCUCAUGAAGCAGAAGAUCGGGUUUUUCGAGCCCACGGCCACUGCCUACAUGAGAUCUUUGCCCUGAGAGAGGGGAAAAUCGGCCGUGUUCCAGAUAUGGUUGUGUGGCCAAAUUGUCAUAAUGAUGUAGUGAAAAUUGUGGAGCUGGCUUGCAAACAUAAUGUUUGUUUGAUACCUUAUGGAGGAGGGACUAGUGUAUCUAGUGCCCUAGAGUGCCCACCGGAGGAAACUCGAUCGAUUGCCUCUCUGGAUACAUCACAGAUGAACCGUAUUUUGUGGAUUGACGAGAAAAAUUUAACUGCCCACGUGGAGUCUGGGAUUGUUGGUCAGGAUCUGGAGAGACUGCUUAAUGAGAGCGGCUACUGUACGGGGCACGAGCCCGACUCCAUGGAGUUCAGCUCCCUGGGGGGAUGGGUUGCCACGAGAGCAUCGGGCAUGAAGAAGAACAUCUAUGGCAACAUUGAAGAUCUGGUCAUCCAUAUUAAGAUGGUUACUCCUCGAGGUGUGAUUGAAAAGAGUUGCCAGGGACCACGGAUGUCCACGGGUCCAGACAUUCACCACUUCAUCUUGGGCUCUGAAGGAACCCUUGGUGUCGUUACUGAAGUAACAAUUAAAAUCCGUCCCAUGCCAGAGUAUCAGAAGUAUGGCUCUGUGGUGUUCCCCAAUUUUGAGCAGGGUGUUGCCUGUCUUCGAGAGGUGGCUAGACAGAGGUGUGCUCCAGCAUCUAUACGGCUCAUGGAUAAUGAACAGUUCAAAUUUGGUCAUGCCCUGAAGCCACAAGUAUCUUCAAUUUUCACAUCAUUUCUGGACGGACUAAAGAAGUUUUACAUCACCAAGUUCAAAGGGUUUGACCCUAACCGCUUGUGUGUGGCCACCCUGCUGUUUGAAGGAGCCCGUGAGAAGGUGCUGCAGCACGAGAAGCAAGUUUAUGACAUUGCAGCAAAAUUUGGGGGCUUGGCAGCAGGAGAGGACAAUGGACAGAGGGGCUACAUGUUGACCUUCGUCAUCGCUUACCUCCGGGACUUAGGAAUGGACUACUAUGUGAUAGGGGAGUCUUUUGAAACCUCUGUGCCUUGGGACAGGGUUUUGGACAUUUGCCGGAAUGUGAAGGCACGCAUCGUGCGAGAGUGUAAAGACAAAGGAGUUCAGUUUCCACCUUUAUCAACUUGCAGGGUGACUCAGACGUAUGACGCUGGCGCCUGUGUCUACUUCUACUUUGCCUUCAACUACAGAGGACUCAGUGAUCCGGUGCAUGUGUACGAACAAGUGGAGCAUGCAGCUAGAGAAGAAAUCCUUGCCAACGGAGGGAGCUUGUCACAUCAUCAUGGAGUGGGGAAACUUCGGAAGGAGUGGAUGAGGGAGACCGUCUCCAACGUCGGCGUGGGGAUGCUCAAGUCUGUCAAGGACUAUGUUGACCCAAAUAACAUCUUUGGCAACAGAAACCUCCUCUAAGUCCAAGUUCCCAUCCAUUAUCUCACCCUUUAUUUCAUUUUUUUCUAAAAACUUCCAGUGCAUUUUGGAUUAACAGCUACUAAAUGUGAAUUUAAAACACAGAUCUCAUCAAACAUGUCUCUCGGUGCCAUUUAAUGAUUCACUCUCCACUUUCACCAUACGUCGCACUUAAUCUGCUCAGCUUCUUCUAACAAGAUUCAAUGGGUGUAGCAAAACAUUGACCUAUCUCAGAUUUGCUUCCUGAACACCUUUGCCAACAUAGAAGAAGCUGUGUUAUGGUCCUCCUGUGAGUGUGUGUGUAUGCUUGGCACUACUUUAGUGGUAAGUAAAGCUCUGUGCCUUUCUAAAGCUUGUGUCUGCCUUUCCUCCUUCAUGUCCCACAUUUGUCCUUUCUCGUCUCUUGUCGUUCUGACCUUAUGCCAUAUUAGACGUGUUCAAGGACCGAGUGUAUCUGUGGGUGCCUGUCCUCCUGCCCCAAUCAGUUUGGGUCCACUGAUUCCAAGCCCAUGUUUUGUACGAUUGCUGAAAAAAAUAAGCAUACCUUUGUGUGUUUAGUUUUUGUACUGAAAGCUUUUACGCGGAGUGGUUUGUAACUUAUGAAGAGAAGUGGAAAUUGAAGCCAUUUUGAACAUGUUUCUCUUUUGGAGGGAGGGGCCUGUAAACGGUGGUGCUCACGUCGAACCAAAGACUUGAAUCAUCAGAUUGUGUCUGAUGCAGUGCACGUGAGAAGUUUACUCAUCAUUGGCAUUAAUCUUGAUUUUUGAUCUCUUAAUUGAUUUAUUCCAUCCUGGAAUGCUUAUGUGACAACUUCAAAUAAUUUUAGAAACAAGAAUUAGAUGAAGAGAUUGAAAGGAUUCAGCAGGAUUCUUUGUGAAUUCAGUCUUUGUAGCAUCUUUGCUAUAGUUAAUGUCAGGGUUUUUAAAAAAGCUCAGUGCUAGCCUGCUUUAUGGACUCUAAAGCUAACUGUAAUCAUUUCCUGUUGAAAUCUCAUCUGACUCAAACUUUCACCCUCAAAUGAAUGAUGAUUGGUAUGAAUAAUCAGAAAUUAUCCAAAAAUCACAAAGAAUCGAGCCGACUGUGCACUGGAAACGAUUAUAAAAUCAAUGUUACUGUCCACGUUGCUGACCUGAAAAGAAGAUCCCAGAUAAAACCUUUAAAUUCUGAUAUCAAGAGUCAAAGGUCAAAACCAACUGUCAAAUAUGAUACAGCAUACUCUGGGGCUGCUUUGCUGCCAUUAUUACUGAUUAAUUCCACAAAGUAGAUUGGAUAAUAAAGUAACUGGACUACUUCUUAAUUCUUCAACUUCAGCUUACAGCGACACUGAUGACUGGAAGUUGGGAACUAGAAUUUUCUAUGCCAGUGAUCCCAAAUACCACCAAGUUAGUUUUUGGUUCAGAUAAAGCAGACUUAGGUCAGCUUUUGAGAAUCUCUGACAAGAAGCUGGGUCAUGUUUAAAAUCCAAGAAGCCUAUCAAUUUAUUAAAAUCAACAUCAUCAGUUAUACAGUUAUACCAAAGCCACUCUGGAGAAUGGUUUUGUGGUCAAAGGAAACAACAGUGGAGCUGUUCAACAAUAAUCAUGAGAUUCAUGUUUGGGGGAGCCUUCUACACCGGGACUUCCAAACUGUACCAAAUGUCAAGCGUGGUGGUAGAAGCAUCAUGCUAUGGGCUUGUUUUGCUGUCAUACAGUUGGUUCCAACAGGACAAUGAUCCCAAACACACAUCAAACUACACAAAAUAGGCUAGCAUUAAGAUUUUGGUUAUUUAAAGGGAACGUGUUAUUAAACACAUUUUUUUAAUUAUGGAGAUUUCUCUCAAUGAUGAGUGCAAACCUCUUAGUGGCACAUUCUUCAUUGUCAUGCAGUCACUUCAUUCGUUAAACUGUUUUUUUUUCCCUAUUAGUAUAUGCAAAGAUUACCAUACUGACAGAUCCUGACAUGUAAAUAUUUAUGACUGUUACACAUGCUAAAAGAUUCUGCUCAAACCACACAUCUUUAAUAAGUUUGUCCCUCGAGAGAGUCCUUGAAGAAUCGAGUAGUUUAGUGUUUCUAUAUUGUCUAAAAGCUUUUAUGAACUCAUACUGUAAUGUGCUACAUUUUGAUACUGAUCUUGUACCCAUUUAGCUGCUCGUUCUCUGAUCUUUGCCUCAUUUUUUGUUGAUUAAAUAUAACAUGUUGAUUAACAAUGAACCCUCUCCAGAUAAAUUAGAUCUCUGAGACCUGACUUUUUACCCCAUGUGUCAAAAAACAUGCCUUUGAAUGUUAUCGCUUUUACCUCUUUUUUUGUUUUGUUUUGUUUUUUUUUGUCAAAUUUUCCCUUCUCAGCAUCAACAUUGAGUACAUUUUGUCAAUGCUGUUUGUGCAAUAAACUAAAGUAAAAACAUCA